GGGUGGGUUCAACGCGACCGAGUUCAACCGAAAGCACAGACCGCUCGUUCCUUCCCUAGCUAUUGUAGGCUCCUCCCCGCCGAACACGCCUCCCUCUCCCUCCAUGCAGAUCAAGGCAUCCUUCCACCGCAGCUGUGCCCCUUGCCCUUCCCUGGUCGUCCUCGUCCGCCCUAGACUGGCGUGGAGUGGAGAUCCGUAGGAAUUCCAAUUGAUUUCUUCUCUUGCUGUUGCAGGUGAUCGAGAUUCAAUACCUGAAAAUAGGAUGUUGACAUGUUACUGUUUAGAUGACACCCGAUGAUAAUGCCCUUAUAACUCUCAAAAAAGGCAGCAAGCUUAUCAAGUAUAGCCGGAAGGGAAAACCAAAGAUUCGUGAGUUCAGACUUUCUAGUGAUGAAACAACACUAGUUUGGUACUCCCACAGCAAAGAGAAGUACCUUGUACUGUCUUCUGUCUCUAGAAUCAUUCCUGGACAGAGAACUGCUGUUUUUAGGAGGUUUUUACACCCUGAGAAGGACUACCUAUCAUUUUCUCUGAUAUACAAGAAAGGUCAACGUUCCCUUGACCUGGUUUGCAAGGAUCAAGCUGAAGUUGAAGUCUGGUUUUCAACACUUGAGACACUUAUUACUUCUACUUCAGGCCGUAAAAGUUGUUCGACUGAUGGUCCAAGUGAUAGGCUUUCAGUUUCUGAUGAAGUAUCACACUAUCAAGAUAACAAUUUUCAUGAUACGACACUAGAUAUUGCCUCAAGUAUUACACGCACUUUUAACUCAGGUGCUUACAGCGCAACCAAUUCUCUCAGUUCAGCAAAAGCAGAUGUUGGAUCGGAUCGUGCAAAUAUGCUAAGAGCAAGUACAGACGGUGGUCGGGUUAGCAUUUCCAGCAGUGUUCCUAGUUCUUCAAGUCAAGGUUCUGGACAAGAUGACAUUGAAUCCCUUGGUGAUGUUUAUGUGUGGGGUGAGGUCUGGACUGACGUGAUCCCCGCAGAAGGAUCUUCAAACUAUUUGUGCUCCAAAGCAGACAUUUUAAUUCCCAAACCGCUGGAAUCAGAUGUUGUUUUGGACGUACAGCAGAUAGCCUGUGGUUCCAGGCACAUUGCUCUUACUACUAGGCAAGGAGAAGUAUUCGCAUGGGGUGAAGAACUUGGAGGGCGGCUUGGUCAUGGGACUGAUGCAGAUAUUAGCCGUCCUAAACUUGUUGAAGCCUUAGCAGUGUCAAAUGUAGAAUAUAUUGCGUGUGGGGAGUUCCAUACAUGUGCUGUAACUUCCUCUGGUGAUUUGUAUACUUGGGGUGAUGGAUACUACAAUGCUGGAUUGCUUGGACAUGGUGCUGGAACUAGCCACUGGCUUCCAAAACAAGUCUCAGGACCUUUAGAAGGGGUUCAGAUACUGUCUGUUGCAUGUGGCUCAUGGCAUUCAGCACUGACCACGUCAAGUGGGAAAGUUUUCACUUUUGGCGAUGGGACAUUUGGCGCUCUUGGACAUGGAAAUCAUGAAAGUGUUGCAUACCCAAAGGAAGUUGAAACUUUGAGUGGAUUCAGAACAAUGAAAGUAGCCUGUGGACUCUGGCAUUCUGCAGCUAUUGUGGAGACCAGUAAUCAGGCAGGCGUGAAUGUGGUGUCCAGGAAGCUAUAUACCUGGGGUGCUGGAGACAAGAAUCUCCUAGGUCAUGGGGAUAAAGAUGCUAGGCUAGUUCCUACAUGUGUUCAAUCUCUCAUUGAUUAUAACUUCCAUCAGGUGGCCUGUGGACAUAGUAUGACCAUCGCCCUCGCUACAUCUGGUCAUGUUUUCACAAUGGGGAGCUCUAGCAAUGGUCAGCUUGGGAAUCCAAAGUCUGAUGGUAAACAACCUAGCCUGGUACAAGAUAGGUUGGCAGGCGAAUUGGUUGAAGAGAUCGCCUGUGGCUCAUGCCAUGUUGCAGUCUUGACUUCACGAAGUGAAGUAUAUACAUGGGGGAUGGGAGCCAAUGGUAGGCUGGGGCACGGUGGUGUGGAAGAUAAGAAAAAACCAACCCUUGUGGAAGCAUUAAAAGAUCGUCAUGUUAAAAGUAUUGCAUGUGGUUCGAAUUUCACUACCUGCAUUUGUAUACAUAAGUGGGUUUCAGGUGCAGAUCAGUCUGUCUGCUCAGGUUGUAGGCAACCAUUUGGCUUCACAAGAAAGAGACACAAUUGUUACAAUUGUGGUCUUGUCCAUUGCCAUGCAUGUAGUUCAAGAAAAGUACUGAAAGCUGCUCUGGCACCAACUCCCGGCAAACCACAUCGUGUAUGCGAUUCAUGCUUCAUGAAACUGAAAACUGCAGAGACCAGCAGCAACAGUUCAUAUCACAAAAGGAAUGUCAAUGCUCGUCGCUCCGUAGAUAGCAAAGACAAGUCAGAGAGGCCAGAGAUAAGGCCUUCCAGGCUUGCAACAGGAUCACCAGCAGAACCACUCAAGCAAGCUGAGAUAAAAGCAGUUCGAAAUGAGAUAAAACCAGAUCCGAUGUCCAUGAUGAAGGCAGGCCAAGUUCCUUCCAUGUUACCUUUUAACAAUCUCGCUUUUGGUGGAACGUUUGGCCCAAGUCUAAAGCCCAUGGCAAUGGCAGCUGCAAUGCCAAUGGCCAUGCCUAUGUCACCGUCUCCUCUCAUGAAGAAGGCAAAUCCACCUGCAGCAGCUCCUCUCUGUGGUAAAAGUGACACUGAUAACUUGAAGAGGACUAAAGAUGGGCUGAAUGAAGAUAUAUCAAAGUUGCAGUCUCAGGUAAACAAAUUGAAACAAAAAUGCGAUGCCCAAGAGGAACAGCUGCAGAAAUCGGAAAGAAAAACUGAAAAUUCUUCCUCUAUAGCUGCAGAAGAGUCUUCGAGGUGUAAUAGUGUCUUGGAGUUCAUUAGGUUUCUUGACAAUGAGCUCAAGAGUAUCGCAGAUAAGGUGCCCGGUGAUACUGCUGACAGCUUAAAAGCCUUGCAAAGUCAAUCAGAGAGAUUUCUUACAGGGCAAGGUAUUCAUCCACUGGAAGUCACUGGUGCCAGUGGACGUGCACAUGCUACAGCGCAUCAGAGGUCAGCAAGCAUGGGAAAUCUGAUGUUGUCUCAGGAUGGAAGCAGUGGAACUGCCAGUAGCUCGGCCACUUCCUUGACGAGUGAAUCUCCAUGCCACCGUAUCAUGGAAAACAGCACGAAAGCUAAUGGUGACUUUGCGCCAAAGCUCGGUACUCACGGAGAAGUGCAACUGAUUGAGCAGUUUGAACCAGGGGUGUAUGUGACACUCAUCCAGCUGAGAGAUGGUACCAAAGUUUUCAAGCGUGUCAGAUUCAGCAAGAGGAGAUUUGCGGAGCAGCAGGCCGAGGAAUGGUGGAGGGAGAACCAGGAGAGAGUCUUCAGGAAAUACAACCAUCCGUCUAACUAGGUUCAUCAGAAACUGUCAUAGAACACAACAUCCCAGCAUUGUGAGGAAAAAAAGUAGGAUCAUCCACCCUUCUGAGCUUAGUUGCAGACGAGGUAUUGGGCGGGAGAGGCAUUGGACAAUGGCGCUCCGAUCGGUGCUUGAAGGAAGUCCAAUCUCUUGCGGCUGUGUUCUGGUGUUAUAGAUUACUGGAUUUAGAUUGCGAACUGGGAAGAUGCAAGACAUAUGUCUUCAUCAUCCCUUUUGUGCUUGCUUUACUGAACAUGGCAGCUGGCAGUUCGUGGUGUCUUUCCUGACAAAGCGACAGGCUGUAGCUUGUUGUGAAACCUUUCU